AUGUUAUCGAAACGUGUAGUUUUUUCAUAUGUGAUCGUUUUGGCUGUUGGAGCAUCCUACGGACAAGCACAGGAUGCAAGCAUUGCACUGCCUCAGGGAACAGUUGUUGGGCUCAAAGUGUUUCCCGAGACUUCUCGCAUUCCAAUUUACACCUAUCUUGGUAUACCGUACGCACAACCUCCAAUUAACGAGCUUCGCUUCGCAGCACCUCUACCAAGCGUUGGAUGGAAUAAAACUCUAUAUGCGCGAGACUUUAAACCGAUUUGUCCACAACUCGAAAAUAGCAGUUAUGAAGACAUUGGAAAUCAGCAUCAGUUUCGAGCCCGAGAGACCAGCGAAGAUUGCCUGUAUUUGAACAUCUGGAUUCCAGAAACUGCGCUUCAAUAUGGAGGAUUCCCUGUGCUAGUGAUGAUUACCGGUGAGGAAAUGGCAUUUGACUGGAAUAAAAAUCGUGCCAGUGGUUUGGAUCUUGCCUCAGACGGCAUAAUUGUAGUGACUGUUCAAUAUAGAACCAAUGUGUUUGGAUGGCUCUCGCUGGAACAGGAGUACGCCCCUGGAAACUUGGGACUAUGGGAUCAGCAGCUAGCACUUGUUUGGAUAAAGGAUAACAUACAGAAGUUUGGAGGUGAUGCGACUCGUGUGACUUUACUCGGUCAUGGAACCACUGGAGGACCUAAUGUUAUGACCCAUAUGGUGAGCCCGCGAGCCCGAGGUCUUUUUGCGCGAGCAGUUAUUAUGUCAGGGACGAUUUUUUCGUCAUACUCUUCGUUCAUCACCGAUAACCUUCUCUCACAAGAAAUCGUCAAAAUUCUGGCCUGCAACUAUGACGUUGGAAGAAACAUACUUAAAUGUCUUCAGCAAAAAAGUAUACAUGAUCUUUUACGCGCAUAUGAGUACGUUUAUAAGAAUGGGAACUAUACCGUAAACCUCGGUCCAAUGGUGGACAAUUAUCUGCCUUCCGGUAGCCGGUACGUACCCGCUGAUCCCCAGAUACUGUUUGAAACCACAUCGCAUGAUAUGCCGGUUAUGUUCGGUAUCACUAGUAACGAAGGAGCAUUUUUGUUCAGCAAAUGGGUUGAGCUGGCGCGUCAAAGCUACGAAUCAUUGAAAAAUUACAUCAACGACACGCUGCUGCCUAACAUUAUUGAACAGUACCACUUCGAUGGAGUCGCACAAGACCAGAUAAAAGAAAUUAUAAACUGGAAGUUUUUCGAUCAAGUACCACAAUCAAAAGCCCAUCUUCUUCACGCCCUUAUAAGGGUUGUCUCUGAGACGCGCUAUGAAGUGCCGUUCUAUAAAACGUUACGUGUUCUUGGCAAGCCUAAGCAACUACCAGGCCAUGUUUCUAUGGAAUCAGUAAAGGACGAUUUUAGAAACACUACACAAGAUCUUAAAACUCGUUCAAUCCUUCCACCACUCUACGCAUAUCUGUUUCACCAUCCGAAUGCGAUGGAUAUGAGGGGCCAAAUUAACUUCUUUGGAGGCGCAUCGCACUCCUCUGAUUUACCAUUUUUGAUGGGACCAAGUCUUUAUCGCGAGAUUGGAAGAAGGCGAUUGACGCAGGUGGAGGAUAAGCUGUGUAAAAAGUUUCGAGUAUUGUCAACAGAGUUUAUCAAAGGAGGCGAUCCAACACCAGGACAUCAAUAUAACUUAUGGACGCCGUACAACGAUGAACUGAAAUAUAUCAAAUUAAUCUCAUCGAAAUCGGAUCCAUUGCAUGGCAGCGAUCAUGCUUCAUUGGAAAGUACAUUUUUUGAAAAUCUGCAAGAAAUCGAAGAGAAGCUCUUAUCCAGCGGUGAUCCAGUCAACACACCAACGAAUAAAUUGAACACAGCAUCUAAUCCGUACAAUCUAAAUCCAAACAUAGAAAUCGAAGAGGUGACGUUACGUACUCCAACCAGUACCUUGAUAUUGAGUAAUGUACAAAAGUCAGAAUACUUCUUCUAUCUACGAAAAAUCAACAGUUUUUGGGAAGAAUUUCUUCCUAAGUUAAGCCGAAUCGUAAACGAAACUAACCAAGAGAAGUUGCGUAACCGUCGAAUCGACUUAACAUUGGAGGAGGAACAUGAUCUUUUCCGGGAGUCUGCAGCCGCAUCCAAGUAUAAACAUGCCUUUUUUUCUAUGCUCACGUUGGUUUGUAUGCUGCUGGCAGUGUUAUGCUUAUGUGUGUAUAUUUUAAAAAAGAACAGCAAUACAAACUUUUCGAGCAUAUUAUGA